CCGGAAGGAGCUGUUUCUGCAUCCAUACAUAGCCCCUUCCGUGUGCCUGCCAAACACUCAAAGCUGGAGAUUGACACCCACAAUCUGUUGGCGCCUGAAGAAACCAUGAACCAGAUGCCUGCUGCCCAGACAGUGCGUACAGAGAGGAUCCAGCUUUGCCCUUUGGAGACCGAAGAAGAUGGCCAAGAGUCAGGGAUUGAGCUUAAAGUCAGGAGAAGCUCUCUGCCUGUAGAGGUGACCAGGGGAACACAGAACUCUCUGGAUUGUGAUUACAGCCUGACAGAACAG